UUGUACAUGAGCUGAUUUCAUUGGUCAAUCUCUGCAAUGGACACCCUCUCGAAGUUGUUCUCUCCUUUGACUGUUACUCUGUCAUUAGCCUUGACCACCAGCAAUCAUACUUCCUCGUCACGUGUCCUGCCUAAGCCUACUUUUAUGAACUGUCGAACAUUCUUCCCUGCAUUGUGCUAAAACACAGGCAUGGAGCGAAAAAAAUGGUGUAUGAGCAAUGGUGAUGACUAUUUCAACUGAUUCAUGAUAAUUAUGCACGGAUUUAAUUUCUGUAAACAAACGUGCCCCAUCCCCAUUGGACCUGUUGUUGAUGACUCAUUCCCUCUGUAUAUAUUAAACGGGCAGUUGCGUUAUUCAAAGCUUUAAUGCAAAAAUAAAUCCAGCCCAGACACUUGAGCUCGAGCGUGCGUGUGGUUUUUGAUGUGGGUACUUUAAACAGUUCAUGGCUUACCUACGGUUACCAUCAACGAUGCUGUCAUCACUGGGCAGGAGCAGGCUGGAGGUUAACAUCGCUGUGCUUGGAGCUGACAACGUCGGUAAAUCUGCAUUGACCGUUCGAUUUUUGACUGGAAGAUUCAUUGGAGAAUAUGGAGAUAAAGAGUCCAUCUACAGCCACAGCAUUAUCAUAGACGGCCAAGAGGUUUGUGUAAACAUCUGGGACUCCCCAUCCCUUCAUGACCAGGACUUGGAGCGGCUUCUGGGCUGGGCGGACGCCCUCCUGCUCGUCUACAGCAUCUGCGAGCGAGACACAUUCGCGACGCUGUGCUCCCACCGCUCCCUCCUGCGCCAGGCGGCUCGACGCCGUCCACCACCGGGGUCCCGCGGCGACGGCGGCUGUUGCUGGCGGCGGGGCGGGCGGUCGCGGGAACACCGGCGGCGGGCCGGGUCCCUGCCGCAGCCGGGGGUGACCCAGGUCCCGGCGCUGGCCCCGGCGCCGCCGCUGCUGCUUGUGGGGAACAAGCUGGACCUGGAGCACCGGCGCACGGUGGCGAGCUGGGAAGGGCGCGCGCUGGCGCUCGCGUUGGACGCCUCCUUCGUCGAGGUGUCCGCCGCCGACGAUUACGACGCCGGCGUGGCGGGCGGAGUGCACCGCGCGCUGGGUGCGCUGGCACGAGAUGCCCUCCUGCCGCUGCUGCCGUCGCCGUGCACUGGCGUUGAUGGUGUUCAUGCCGAUGGCGGUGCUCGUGGCUCUAGUGUAAGUGGUGGUGCCGCUGGUGGAGCCAGUGUUACGAACGACGGAGUUGCCUUUGUGCAUCCCGCACUGCAUGGCAGGAAGGGCGGCUUUCGAGGAAUUGUGCGCAGCGUGUCGGCUGUGGUGUUUGGCAGAAAGCGCAUCCACUCAUUGUGAGCGUGAGGAUCAGAUACACGGUGACUCCAGCUGCCAGAUGUCUCCCUGCUCAAGCAAAGCACUCAUCUCCUCCAUUGGCGGCCCAGAGACAGUGUGGAAAUUGUACAUUCACACGUCUAGGGACGGCUAUUCCACAGGAUGUAUUAAUGACACUGGAUAUGUGAUACACUAAUUGGACGAGAUUGACAACAAUCUGAACUUGGUAUAUUCUGAUACUAAGGUGACAAUCACAAGUGACAAGCACAAAAUAAAUUCACUGCGUAUUGUUAAUUCUGUAUCAUAAUGCAUAACAAAGUAUACUCGUUUGGAUGACUGCAUCAAUAUCCAUCGAGUCGAAUGCCUUUUAAUCAACAGACUAGGCACAGAUUGUGAUUCAUAGUAAGUAUAAGGUCAGUGGUAAUGAUCCAUUUCCUACAACUCUUUACUAAACUUUAAACAGUAAAGAGCUCACAUCACUUUUGCAAGCCAAACUCUCAUAGCAUGCAGGGUUUUUUACAUUUUGCAUUUAUCCAUACAUAUGGAAGUAAGUUUACCUCUACGGUGGGAAAAUGUCAACGCAUAAAAUAACCUCUGCAGUGCACAAUUUAAAUGUAUGCCAUCCGUUGGCACGGUGGUGCUGUGGGUGUAUUGGACUCGGUUCACAAUGGGAAUGUGAGCUCAUCCAUCCAGGGUCUAUAAAGUGAGCACCUCUCUAGGGUAAAGUCAACCGUAGUCAUAUGGAGACCGGCUCCUCCACCGUUACAAUUUCAAAUUGGACCGAGGGCUACGAAUGGUGAUAACAACCUUCAUCUCAUUUGAGCAGGAGACCUUGACGUUUAUAUAAUUCUGACAUUUCACAGUAACUAUCAUCCACAAUAUAUCUAUUGGUGGGUGGUCUCCACAAUCCGCCACAUUUCUCUCCUACAACAAUCCAUCGAGCUCCUUCACACACGCCAAUUUCAACAUGCCACCCCGAGUCUGACAUCCUCUCGAACAUGUUCACUCAUUUUGACCGUCACUCCAUCUUUAAGUCUCGACCAACGGCCAUCAUCCCUUUUAAAAGCCCAUGUUUCUAUCUUGCGUGGGCUUUAUAAUACACGCGUUCCUCUUUCCGUAUCAACGCAAUUCCAAGCAUGCACCUCUCCAUGCUUUUUCUUUUCACACUUUAAUCUUUUGUAAAAUUUUCUGCAGCGAUUUUAGCUUUUGGACUCUGGAUGGAUCUGUCCCGCAUUGGUUAUCUGCCUUUGGAUUAUAUGCGUUUGAACAGUGACCUCGGUGCUAUCGGUGAUUUAAUGCAAAAGUUUUAUUGUGACGCUACGCUUGACGUGAUGAGAUGUCUUUUGUAAUAAUGUAAAGGAUUAUAAAGCUUCAGUAUA